AUGGAACUGAUGCCUCUUAUGUCUGCUGCACUGGAGGCAGGUUCUUUUACUACCAGCGCCACCAUGCCUGCAAGUGUUAGUUGCUCAGUUGUGUCUGACUCUUUGCGACCUCAUGGACUAGUGCACCAGGCUCCUCAGUCCAUGGAAUUUCCAGGCAAGAAUACUGGAGUGGAUUGCCAUUCCUUUCUCCAGGGGGUCUUCCUGAUCCAGGGAUCAGAUUCUUUACCAUCUGAGCCACCAGGAAAGUCCAUCCAGAACAUACAGAAAUUUGAAAUUAUCUCAAACAUACUUUUAAGGCCACCGUCAUUUUUGAUCUCAAGCAGUUAA